CACCCUUUCAUUCAUGCAGUUAAAACCCCAGGCAGUCUUAUCGGUGACACAGCUUUUUGCAAGCCAUACCUAACCCGUUUAAUAUUAUUACCAGAUUUGCAACUUAUUAAGUGUGUGCUUUUGCAACAACAACCCCCCAAAGCCCCCAAACCUGGUGCCGGAGCUGGGGGCUGUCCUGUCUUAGCAGUUGUAUUCUGUGCUUGCUGAGUGGGAGGGUCACACUCUGCGACUAAUAAGGACAGAGCUGCAUCCCCUUCUCCCACUCUUUAGAGACUCACUUCAGCAACUCUUCAGCAACCACAGCAGCUGUAUGACAAGCAUUUACUGUGCUUCUGGGAGAACUUAACACACAGCGUUGAAGAUUUCUGGCCACUUGUUCACAUGUGUUCGAGAGGAGAUGAAGGCAAUUGGAUUUUUCAUAAUUUGGCUUUGGUUGGCAAUCCUUUAUUUCCCUCUCUCUCAUUGUAUGGCAGUCACUGACAAUACAGAUAAUGUGUGCCCACUAUUGAAAAAAGAAGGACUUCAGUUAAGUCGCAUCCACAAAGAGAAUAUUGAUAUUUCAGGUUUUGAUUUGGCUGAAAGCUUUUCUUUGAGGCAGAUUUCAUGUGGAGUUGGAAAACCCUGUUUUAAAUUGGGGAGUGUGCCUCUUAUCAGAGAAUUUCAACAAGUAUUUCCAAAUGGGCUUCCAGAGGAAUAUUCUUUAACAGCCACAUUCCGUGUUAGACGAAACAGCAAGAAAGAACGGUGGUAUUUGUUGCAAAUUUUAGAUCAGCAUAACAUGCCACAGGUUUACAUUGUCGUUGAUGGCUCCAAAAAAGUUGUGGAAUACAUUGCACAAUCUUCCCAGGGGAAUUCACUUCGCUACACUUUUAAAAACCGCGAGAUUCUUCCUGUCUUUGAUCGGCAAUGGCAUAAGCUUGGCAUCAGUGUACAAUCAAGGAUCAUUUCUUUGUAUGUGGACUGCAGCUUAAUUGAGCAAAGACAAACGGAUGCAAAAGCCAGUCCUGACUUUCAAGGAAGGCUUCUUAUUGCGACUCGUUCUUUGGAUGGCAAGCCAGUAGAUAUUGAACUGGGCCACAUGGUUCUAUAUUGCAAUCCUCAACUUGCUGCUCAGGAGACUUGUUGUAAAUUAUCUGAGAACAUGUGUCUUUUGGAAGAACACCUGAAAACUACUGCAGCAUCACCAUCAACUGUUCAUGUGGGUGAAAUACACGCACUUCCAAUAAUGGAACAAAAACCUGAAGAAAAAUGCUUUUGCUAUCCAAACAAGGGAGAAGCAGGAUUACCAGGAGCAGCUGGUUUGCCAGGCCAGAAAGGGGAAAAGGGGGAAGAAGGUCCAAAAGGAGAAAAUGGAAUUCCUGGGUUACCUGGAGAGAAGGGAGAAAAUGGUCUGUUAGGUGAUCCUGGUGUCCCUGGUGAUAUUGGAGAAAAGGGUGAACGUGGUUUUCAGGGGGACAAAGGAGAAGGAGGCGAAAAGGGGGAAAAGGGAGACCAUGGAGAGAAAGGAACAGAUGGCAUCCCUGGAAGAGAUGGUUUAAAAGGUGAUGCUGGUGAUCAUGGAAUGCCUGGUCCAAAGGGUGAAAAGAGUGGACUAGGGAUAGAAGGUCCUCAAGGUCCACAAGGAAAAGAAGGUCAGAGGGGACGACGAGGCAAGCCAGGAAUACCCGGGAAACAAGGACCACCAGGGCUUCCUGGCCCUCCAGGUGUGCCAGGAUAUCCAGAUUCCUUUAAAGGCCCAUAUUACCAGAGUCAUCAAGAAGAAAUGCGUUUAAAAGGCACAAAAGGUGAAAAGGGUGAAAUCGGACAGCCUGGUCCUCCUGGGCCUAUUGGAAGUCCUGGACUACAAGGACCCCCAGGACCAGUUGGACCCAGAGGAGAGCCAGGAGAAGCUGGUUUACCAGGAAACCAUGGAACACCUGGAAACGCAGGGAUGAAAGGAGAAAAGGGGGAAACUGGUGGAAUUAUAGGUCCCCCUGGACCUCCGGGUUCUAAAGGUGAUGCUGGGCCUCCAGGGCUGAGCCUCCCAGGAAAACCAGGACCAGCUGGUGCUCCUGGAAUACCAGGUCCACGAGGGCCUAAGGGAGAAAGAGGGCUGCCUGGCGUACAAGGCCCCCCUGGAGAAAUGGGUCCAGUAGGAAUAGGAAUCCAAGGGUCCCCUGGUAUCAGAGGACCUAGUGGGGAACCAGGGAUCCAGGGCCCAAGAGGACCCCCUGGUCUACCAGGAACUCCGGGAUCCCCAGGUAUUGAUGGUAUUCCAGGACGUGAUGGAAAGCCAGGACUUCCGGGGCCUCCAGGUGAUCCAGUUGCUCUUCCACUUCUAGGAGACAUGGGUGCCUUACUGAAGGGUGAUCCUGGACCAAGAGGUCCCCCAGGAGUUCCAGGCAGAGAAGGACCUAAGGGAAACAAAGGUGAACGUGGAUUUCCUGGGCUUUCUGGAGAAAAAGGUGAUGAGGGUCUUCAAGGUAUUCCAGGACUUCCAGGUGUUGCAGGGCCUCCUGGAUCUUCUGGGGCAAUAGGAAGACCUGGACAUCCAGGUUCACCAGGAGCAAAAGGAGAAAAGGGAAAUGAAGGUGCUCCUGGAAAACCUGGACCUCCUGGACAACCAGGCGUGCCAUACAAUGAAAGAAAUGGCAUGAGCAGCCUCUAUAAACUACAGGGGAGUGCCAACGUUGCUGGUCCACCUGGAGCUCCUGGCCCAAAAGGUGACCCUGGAGCUGUGGGCGAACCAGGCCCAAUGGGAUUACCAGGGCUGGAGGGACUUCCAGGAGAGAAGGGAGAUCGUGGCCCAGCAGGUCCUCCGGGAAUACCAGGAAUACCCGGAAAGCCUGGUGCUCCAGGCCCAGCAGGGAUUCCUGGAGAACCUGGUGAAAGGGGCCCUGUUGGAGACAUUGGUUUCCCUGGACCAGAAGGACCAACUGGAAUACCAGGCAUAAAUGGGAAGGAUGGAUUACCUGGUCCUCAGGGUUUGAUGGGAAGACCUGGUGACAGAGGCCCCAAAGGAGAACGUGGGGAUCAAGGCAUACCAGGAGACAGGGGGCCGCAAGGUGAAAGAGGAAAACCUGGCUUACCAGGAGACAGAGGUUCUCUUGGACCUACGGGACCACCUGGGGACAAGGGCAACCCUGGAUCACCAGGUCCUCAGGGCCACCCAGGUGUCCCGGGCUUACCGGCUGAUUCCAUUUCAUUUGAAGAAAUGAAAAAAUAUAUCAGACAAGAGGUUCUUAGAGUUUUUGAAGAGAGAAUGGCUCAUUUUGUAUCUCAGCUCAAGCUGCCAGCUGCCAUGUUGGCUUCCCAAGCUCAUGGAAAACCAGGUCUUCCAGGAAAAGAUGGAUUACCUGGACCACCUGGAGAACCUGGAUCACCAGGCUACAGAGGACAGAAAGGUGAAAGAGGAGAGCCUGGAAUUGGGUUGCCAGGUGAGCCUGGUCCACCUGGCCCAUCAGUCACAGGCAUGCCAGGUUCACCAGGAAUUCCAGGAGCACCGGGUUCACAGGGCCCCCCUGGACCAACUGGAAGGUGCAACCCAGCAGACUGCUAUUAUCACGCUUCUCCGACUCAACCACGAACAGCCAGGAAAUGAAAAUCUUCUUUGUGAAGACUUUGUGAUUCCUGUUUUAGCCCUUUGCUCAUCCAUCCCCUCCAAUCCUACACUUACUUUCAAAUUUAAGCUUUAAAAUACUUGGUGGAAUUUUUUUUUGUCUACAUAUACU